AUCCAAUUAGAAAAGUGCAGCAAGGGUUAAUGUCAAUUACGUGAUUAUUAAAGCUCUUGUCUUAUUCAUUCUCCUUAGUUGUCGUACAAUAGUCGUGCAUUACGCAUCUAAGACUCGGGUAUCUGUUGCAUUAUUAAAACAGCAAAGUGGAUAACGGUGAGCUAAACUACGACGUACCAAAAAGAAUUAUCAUGUCGGCGGAAGUGGAAAAUAGUAAAGAAGAAGAGACAAAAGAACAACCGAAAAGUAUUAGACAUAAGCUUAAGUUACAUUGGCAAGUUGGAAUAAAACUGCUAGAGUUGCUCCUCUGUAUACUCUGCAUCGGCACAGGUUUUGAUGCCAUUGACACCAUGGGCAUUGGUAAUAGUGAUCUUCAUCACGUAGGUGUCUUGUACACAGCAUACACCGGUUACAUUCUCAUCACUGUAGUAUUCCUUUUGAACUACUGCUUAGAAGUGACAAUCCCAUACAGGACGUCCUCUUUAUUCUCAAUUUGUGGCGCCGGAUUGUUUUUAACUACUGGAGUUUUGUUAUUAGUAGAUAAAUCAGAUUACAUAAGACAUUACGUGAGUCCUGCCACCACACUCCAACAGUACAUGAUACUGGUGUCGGUGAUUAUUUCUUUUGCCACUAGCGCCGUUUUUACAAUCGAUUCUGUUCUAACAUUUAGAAGACAAGAGGAUUUCUAAUUUUUGAUACUUUACUAACAGUUGAUCUGUGGAGCGUGCAUGGGUUUCAUCUAUGAGCCAGUAAAUGGUAUCCACCUGGCCCACACAAAUCUGCACCACAUCGGGAUAAUGUACACAGCCUACACUGGAUUCAUGCUGAUCAAUAUCAUUCUGCUGAUUUCUCGAGUUAUCAAGGAUAGAAUUUAUUUUCCAACAAUAGUACUAUUUGCAAUAAGCGGAGCUGCGUUAUUUUUAAUAACAGGAAUUUUGUUAACGGUUGACAGAUUGAAAUUCAGUGGGAAGAUUUUUCACCCCAGACAAUAUCAAUUGAGUAUGAUGACAAUUUCGAUUUGUUUGUCAUUCGUGAAUGCCACUGUUUUUACCAUUGAAGCAGUGUUCACUUGUAUGAGGCGGCAGGACUUAUAAAUUUAUUUCAUUUAACAAAUAAAAUUAAGAAUAGUUUUUGUUUAAAGUAAGAUUUGUAUAUUUUUCAUAGAUUAUCGAAAUCCGUCCAUUUUUGUAAAAUAAAUGUAAAAAUGUACAUAACAAUAAAGAUUGCAUUUAUUCUGUU